AUGCCGGGCAGGAAGUCUUCCAAGGAGAAGAAGCGGCGCCGCUCGCGUUCCUGCUGCCCGGAGGGAGCCGCGGGGCCGGGCAGCAGCGAGAGGAAGCGACGGAGCACCGAGUCCAGCCACGGGGCCCUGGAGGAAGAAAAGUGCAAUCUACCAUCUGGAGAAAAAGUGGAAGAAGCUGAACAACCCAGUGAUAUCGAAGAAGGAGGAUUAGAUCUCAGUGUGUCACUCAAACCAGUCAGUUUCUACAUUGCGGACAAAAAAGAAAUGCUUCAACAGUGUUUCUGUGUUAUAGGGGAGAAAAAACUACAGAAGAUGCUGCCUGACAUUUUAAAGAACUGUUCCAUGGACGAAAUCAAAAGGCUUUGCUUGGAGCAGUUGGAGCUGUUAUCUGAAAAAAAACUGUUGAAGAUACUUGAAGGCAAGAUUGGAGCUGAUUCUGAUACUGACGAGGAGGCAGAUGGAGGAGACAAGACUGGAGGUGAAUCAGUCAGUCAACAGGACAACAGUAUAGACUCUACUUCUUCUCUGAGAGAAGACAACAAACUGGAAGGUCAGGAAUCAAAACAAGGCAAGGGAGAAGACAGUGAUGUCCUCAGCAUAAAUGCAGAUGCGUAUGAUAGUGACAUAGAAGGCCCAUGCAAUGAAGAAGAUGGCCCAGAUGUGCAAGAAAACACUGUCAGAAGUGGAGCCGGCCAGAUAGAUGACCUUCAGAAGGACAUUGAGAAAAGCGUGAAUGAGAUAUUGGGCUUGGCAGAGUCGAGCCCAGCGGACCCCAAAGCAGCAACCUUAGCUGUUCCUCCAUCAGAAGAUGUUCAGCCAUCAGCACAGCAGCUGGAGCUUCUGGAGCUCGAGAUGAGGGCCAGAGCUAUUAAGGCUCUGAUGAAAGCUGGUGAUGUAAAAAAACAGCCCUGAGAUUGUUUAGAUUUAUUUUUCAGUAUUUGUUUUGAAGGAUGUGAUGUCUGUUCUCUUCAGCACUAAAGCGUUUUUCUGUUGGGUAUGACAUUCCUCAUUCAAACCCUAUUGUGUAUCCUGACCUGUGGCUUAAGCCAUUGAUAGUUGGUUUCCUUGCCUUUAGUGUGCUGCUUCCAUGACAUGCACAAACAGAGUGGUUUGAUGCUUCGCUGAGAUCAGGUCUCCUUGUGCUGGGUUAUCUCCUUGAGGAGUCACACAGUGUAUAGAGCUAUGCCAGGAAGCUGGUGCCUUCCAGAAAGGUUAGGAGAAUCAAGUUCUUUAUAGCCCCAUGGUUAGAAAUUACCAGCUAUUUUAUUUAUUAGCAACUUGUUAAACUACUUGAGAAACUUGAUUUAUAUGUACUUCAUUAAAAAUACCAUUUUGUAGAGGUCUUUUGUCGUGUGACUGCCUUCAGCAUUCUGUGAUGGGAUUUGAGAUUGCUUAUUUCUCCUUGGGGCCCAUCAUAAUGUAGCUAUUCUAGUUAAAAUGAACGAUGAUUCACUUAAAAGCAUACUUAAUUUUUAGCAAGUUGAAGUCCUGAAGGGAGGGAUUUUUUCCUUUCAAAUAAACAGUUGAACCAUGUUUUUUUCAGAGUUAUGAAAGUGCCUGAAAGUGACAAAUACCAGAGGUUUUUAUACUGUCGGUCAUUUAAUUUUGUCACUCUCCUCUGCUGUUUAUCUUCUGUGUCAUAACUGAAAUAAAGAAAAUGGAGUUUUUUCUUGA